GCGCAAGAAUCAGUCGUGUCGCGUCAAGUCGCGCGCCAAUAUCAUCUGCUAGGACGUCCGUCGUAGUUGAGGGGUUCAAAAAAAAAUGAGUGCCAUCAGCAAGUACUGGUACGAGAUCGUGACGCCGGCCGUGACCUGCGAAUCGUUGACCCAUCCGGGGCUGACGUGCGGGGAAAAUUUGGGCAUUCAGUUGCGCAAGACGGUGCCGGGGAAUCUGCAGUUCUUCGGCCCGAUCUCCGUGCUGCGGAUGGUGCUGCUGAUGUACACCCGCAAUCAGGUGUCCUGGGCGGUGGUGCUGCAAGCUUUGUAUGAGUGCGGGAUGGCCGCGCUGAACGGGUGGUUCGUGAGCAACAGCUGGACCGCGAUGUUCUGCGUUCUGUACCGGUUGCUCGGGCAGCGGUUCGUCAACAAUUGGUCGGUGUCGUUGCCCGCCCUCGCCGGGACGUUGGCCAUGUUCUGGAUGCCACCGUACGUCAAGAUGAGCCACUCGCGGGCGAUCUUCAACGUGUUUCUAGAGUGCUGGAUCAAAUCGCGGGAGCACUGGCUGCUGGAGUGGGCCCGGGAGUCCAAAACGGCCGGAACGGUGGCGUUUAUGGGGAUUAGUGCCGCAAUUGGGUACUUUGCCCAGAGGACAAAAUUGGUGGAGUUUUGGUUCUUCUCCCCGCUGAAGAAAAACCUAAACCCACCGGUGGACGCCGCUCCGGAACCCUGCAGCAGCACCACCCCAAUCAACCUCACCAACACGCCUGCUGCGUUCCCCCAGAAAAGCUGCUACCACCGACACGCCUGCUAUCGGUACAUCCUGGACGGCAUGAAAACGUGCUUCACCUUCGGAAUGGUACUCGAACUGGCCCGCAAGCUUAUCGCGGUGGCACCGGUCCUUCGGAAACAACCCAGCGCCCUGCUGAGUGCUCUCGCGAGGAUGCGCUACAAAUUUGUAGCCUUUUUGACCCUUUACAAUGGGCUGUUUAGGUUAGCAACCUGCAUUUUGGCAAGAACCCGGGGGAAGGUCAUCCCGGAGGACAGCACUUUGGCAGGUUUCAUAAGUGGGCUAACGUACGCUCUGUCGCCGAAUUACAACGUGUUCAACCUGGCCGUGGCCGCCAUGCUCCAGAACGUGUGGAACUUCACUGUCGAGCGGAACUCCAAAGUGCAGUGGCUCCAGCGGAUAAACAGCUGGUCACUCGCCUCCAUCGUGUGGGUCUUCCUGAUGAACUACAACAUGUACUCGCGGGCUUACUACCCGUACGCGAUGUCCAAGUUCGCGCUCAAAUUCACCGACAUCUGCUCGGCGGCGCAAGCACGAGUCGCGUCGAAAAAUCUUGCCAAAUUCGCCAUGGGAGCGAGUUGAAACGAAUUCUUGUAUUUUUAGAACAAGUGGCUGGUUCCAUUCCCUUUUGGGUAGCGUUUACAUUCGAGUUUGCUGUCACUUCGAGUCAGGUGCAUUUUAGUACAUCAGUGUAAUUCGUCAAUUUCAAAAUGAGGUGAGCAAUCGGCUCCUAAAGUAGCUUUUGUACUAAAACUCACAAAGUUCGAAUUGAUAAGUACUAAAUAACUAUAAGCUGGUUGUGAUAAUCUGUAAGUGGGUCUAGAAGAAAUUCAUUAUAGUUUUUUUUAUAUUGACACAUUUUGACGUGCAAUAAAGCGCCAUAAUCGUUGGUUUUAAA